CGGGCAGCCUCCAGCUGGGGAUUUUCUAGACAGCGCUGGGAGGCUGGGUCUGCAGGAAGGCGGUGCUGGCUGCAGGGUGGGCUAGGUCUCUGCAGAGCCGCUGCGGGAAGCCCUGGCUGUUUGAGGUUUGAGGACUGAGCUGAGCUGGGGCAGGCAGAGCCAGAGAGGACUCACACUAGACUCCCUGAUCGGAGGACUCCCUCCAUCCUGAUCCUGGCGCUGCCUGGGUAGAGUCUUUCCUGCCUCCUCACCUGGCUGCAGAGACCACACACCUGUCUGGGCCCUGGAGGCUCCUGGAGAAGCCGGGCAGUGCUGGCGAAGGUCCAAUGAGUUCUUCCAAACCGUAGGCUGCCACCCCACCUGUGGGUCAGAAAAUCAACUUAGUGGCUCAUGACCUGAAUUUUAAAAUGAAACUGAAUAGAAAAUAUCAGCAUGCAUGGCAAGUAGUAGGGGGCCUACCUCCACAGUGAUGCCCAGCCCUUGAUACAGCUCGAACCUCUUUCUAGAACCGAGAUGGCAGUGGAGAGACUGGCCCAGUCCCUGAGCCCAUGAGGGGUGAGGCCCCUUCAGGCCUGAAGAUGCGGAACCUCACUGCAGGCAACACCUCGGUGGGCUGCACCAUCGAUCACACCAUCCACCAGACGCUGGCCCCGGUGGUCUACGUCACAGUGCUGGUGGUGGGCUUCCCAGCCAACUGCCUGUCUCUGUACUUCGGCUACCUGCAGAUCAAAGCCCGGAACGAGCUGGGCGUGUACCUGUGCAACCUCACGGUGGCCGACCUCUUCUACAUCUGCUCACUCCCCUUCUGGCUGCAGUACGUGCUGCAGCACGACCACUGGUCGCACGGUGACCUGUCCUGCCAGGUGUGCGGCAUCCUCCUGUACGAGAACAUCUACAUCAGCGUAGGCUUCCUCUGCUGCAUCUCCAUCGACCGCUACCUGGCUGUAGCCCAUCCCUUCCGCUUCCACCAGUUCCGCACACUGAAGGCGGCCGUGGGCGUCAGCGUGGUCAUCUGGGCCAAGGAGCUGCUGACCAGCGUCUACUUCCUCAUGCACAAGGAGGUCGUGGAGGACGAGGACCAGCACCGCGUCUGCUUCGAGCACUACCCCAUCGCGCCGUGGCAGCGCGGCAUCAACUACUACCGCUUCCUGGUGGGCUUCCUCUUCCCCAUCUGCCUGCUGCUAGCCUCCUACCAGGGCAUCCUGCGUGCCGUGCGCCGCAGCCACGGCACCCAGAAGAGCCGCAAGGACCAGAUCCAGCGGCUGGUGCUCAGCACGGUGGUCAUCUUCCUGGCCUGCUUCCUGCCCUACCAUGUGCUGCUGCUGGUGCGCAGCCUCUGGGAGGCCAGCUGCGAGUUCGCCAAGAGCAUCUUCAACGUCUACCACUUCUCCCUGCUGCUCACCAGCUUCAACUGUGUGGCCGACCCCGUGCUCUACUGCUUCGUCAGUGAGACCACCCACAGGGACCUGGCCCGGCUCCGCGGGGCCUGCUUGGCCUUCCUCACCUGCUCCAGGACUGGCCGUACCCGGGAGGCCUACCCACUGGGCGCCCCCGAGGCCUCUGGGAAAAGCGGGGCACAGGGCGAGGAGCCCGAGUUGUUAACUAAGCUCCAUUCAGCCUUCCAGGCCCCCAACUCACCUGGCAUGGGAGGGUGCCCCACGGGUGGGCUGAGGGAGGCCUGAGUCUUCAGUUGCCUGGCCUGGGGGUCCUGGGCUUGCUCCUUGCCCCCUCUUAGCUGAGCUCAGGAGCCUCUCUGCUGGAGGGCACGGUGGGCCUGGGCCGCAGAAAGGCCUCUCUGCAUCCAGGAAGCUGCUGUACCUUGCAAGCCUGGGGACUGUUGAGCAUGGGGACAUGCCACGGUCAGCUUGUGGGUGUCCUCUGCUGCCACCCGGGGCUAUUGGGGAGGAAGACAGGGAAGUGUCACCCCAGGAGGCUUGCAAACAGCAACCCAGGAAGGGGUGUGUGGGAGGUGAGGGUACCUGGGUGUUCACCUUCCAGGACCUUCCAGUGCCAUCGCUGUCAUAGAUGGUACCUGUCCCAGUGAGCCUGCAUUACCUGAUAAUGUGACAAACAGAGCAGUAUUAUUAUUGUCACUCAAGGCCCGCCCCAUGACAGGGAGGAAGGGAAGACAAGAUGGGGAGACAGAAGGCUAGGAAGUGUCCAGGGCACUGGGAGCAGGGAGCAGGACAAUGGGGGAUGUGGGAGGUGGAGGAGGAACCCCAGCUCCAGCCGCAUCGCAGUCUCAUGGGGAGAGCUGAGCAGAUUUCCCUGGGCUCCCGGGAGGUGCCCAUGGUCAGUACUGGGGCUCAGGUCUCAGGAUGGGCUAGAAGCCAGUGUGUCUUAAAGUGGGGUUUCUGCACACUUUUCUCCCAAUUAGUUUUCUGUUUCCAGCUGCUAGAAGCACCAGAUCUGGAAACCUGAGGAGAGGGAGGGAUGAAGAACAAGAUCCUGGUUUAAAUGCCAGGGUCUCGGUGGUAGCCGUGGGCCAAGGCACUGAAAGCAGAUCAUGUGACCCGCAAUGCUCUAUCCCCCCCCACCUGUCCCCUGCCACACCCACAAUGGAAUGUCUGGAAUUCUCAGAGAAAAGCAUGACAUUCUCCCCGCGUUCUCAGAUACAACAAGACCCAAAGGUACUCUGGCAUCUUUCAGCCCGAAGACCUGAGGUUAAGCUCCACCCUGGUUUUAGCAGCUGCCAUGACAGGCAGAGAGAGGUGGCCCUGGGCUCACCUUGCCUGUUCUCCAGCCCUGCUCUGUGCCGCAGGUCCCACCUUACCUCUGCAGGGCCGAGUGUGGAGCGGUGGACCAUGCAUAGCCCAGGGGCUGACUGCCAUCUUUCAUUCUGUUCUGGAAAGUGGGAUAUGGGACUCAUCUCUGCUGCCGCUCUGUGCUUGGCCAUGUUGAGGUACCCUCCUGCUUCCCAGUGCACACACACAGAUUUGCCCUGUUCAAUUUUGCAGCAAAGCUUCCUGCCCUCUGACUGCUAUCCCCUCGAAGACCUCUGGAGAGCAGCAGGGAGGAUCUAAGGGGUCCUUCCACCUCACCUGCUCAGACCUACAGACUUUUCUUCUGCAACAUUCCAGGCACAGAUCCUUCCCUGUGUCAUACCAAGGGCCAGAAGGGCUGCUUGCUAGCGAAGAGAUUUGCCCUGUGGCCUUUCUGGCUAGUGGGCUGGGACCAGCUCUGACUGCCCGGGGAAUACCCUCAAUGUCCUUGUAUUCGAGUUCCUCAGAUUCAAGAUGCUAGGUGGGCUUAAGCCUGUGGAGGUGCUGUGGCUAGGGAGGUGGAAGUUGACAUCAGUAGAACAUUUCUAGAAUCUGCUAAAGAGGGGCCAAGCAGACUCCAUUCCCCAAUCUCCCUGCCUGUCUUCUCUCCAGCCUCCAAGAAGUUGGUCCUUACCCUGCAUCUCCAACUCAUCAAGGUGCCCAGAGGCAGAUAGCCAAGUUGAAUAUGUCCCAGAAAAGGGCAGUUACUGGAGUUCCAGGGCUACACUUGACUUUGAGCAGCCCUUGUCCCAGCUCCUCAGGGAGGAUCUCUGAUGACCUGGGGAGGUUCUCACCCGCUUCCUGGAGGAGAAAAUGACCAGAGAUGAAGGUGGGAGAUGGCCAUGCAGCCAGGAGCCCACCCAGCCCCCUCUCAGGACCUCCCUGGGGCAUUGGCAUUGGAGGGGCCCUCCAUGCCUCCUCGUUCCCACAGUAUCCCCCUCUAUUUUGACCUUAAACAUCGCUGUUCCCACUGGCAUGGUCUGGGAUGAGCCAAGGGCAGUUCCAUUUACAAUCAAGAGUUGUAUUUUUGUAUUGUCCUCUAUUUUAUGCCAAGUGUAUGUGUGUUAGACUGUGCAAUGGGUUUAUGUAGCAAACCUCAGUCUACAAAUAAACCAAGUAAUCACAUGUUAUCGGCAUGGGCUGCAGUCUAUUGGGCAAAGGGAAAGGUUCUUCUAACAUCAGGGGAAUCCAGAGGACUCUUGAAACACCCGAAGGAGUAAGGAAGAUCAAUGGAAGGACCUUGAAGAAAAUUUGAACAGUUAUUGGGGAGUUUGCCCUUGCUUAACCAGUAAGUGGCCUAGAAGGAAAGAACUCUCAAGUAAAG